AUGGUUGGCGAGAAAGUUUCAACCCAGACGGGGGGCUCACUCGGUCAUAUCAUAACCAUGGUUAAAAGUACCCUAACCGUUGACGGCCAGACCGUUACAAAAUUGAGUGACGUUCGGCCUACCAAUGUUGAAUACCCUGAGACUACUGAGUACCCCGCUGUAAAUCAGAGAGCUCUCUCGCUCAAACCCCUUGGCGAUCACAUACCUCCACGUGGCAUCCGUGAGCCAGUGCCAGUUCCUCGGGACCGUGGCUUAUUCGCAGACCCUGAUCUUCCACAUCUGUUUGCAAAUGCCGCGGUUAAACGGUUGGAUCUGACACCUUCCCUGGGAACUCUCAUCACGGGCCUGCAGCUUUGCUCUCUCACAGAUGCGCAAAAGGAUGAGCUGGCAUUACUCGUUGCUCAUCGAGGGGUGUUAUUCUUCCGAGAACAGGAUAUCACCGCUGAGGGACAGCGGGAAUUAUUCAACUACUACGGGAUUCCAGAGCUCCUUCCAGACCCAGAGGACGCCAAGGCAAAAGGGAAGCCAAUUACAACCAAUAUCGAAGAACAAGAUGAGGAUUAUCGAGAAACUUAUGUUCAUUUCAAGUGGCCUUUCGCAGAUUUCCAUGCAGACAGUAGCUUCCAGGCCAACCCUCCGUCAUUCUCUUUGUUGAGGAUAGACGAGUUACCUCCUACAGGUGGUGACACGAACUGGAUAUCAGGCUAUGGCACAUACGAGACCUUGUCAAAGCCACUACAAACCUUCGCGGACAGUCUGAGCGCAUGGCAUAGCUCCGGUCACGUAUACGAAUCUGUCCUAACCCACUGGAAAGUAAACCCAUCCGAACGUCCCGUCGAAACCCUUCAUCCAGUGGUGACAACGCACCCAGUAACAGGAUACAAAGUACUGAACCUGAACUCUGGCUUCGUAACUCGAAUCGAGGGUCUCAAGCGCUACGAGUCUGACAAAAUACUCGACCUCUUUUUCACCCAUAUCCACACGGCACAGGAUCACUUGGUGAGAUUUCGGUGGGAGAAGAACUCGGUUGCGUUGUGGGAUAAUAGGGCGGCUACACAUCGUGCAACGCAUGAUUACGCUCCACUGCAUCGCCACGGUGUGCGAGUUACCGUUAAAGGGCAAGUUCCUAGGCAGGUUUCCGGCAGUUUGAGUAGAAAGGAGGCAGUGGUGAAGGCAUUGAAGGAGGGUGAGGUGCAGGCUGUACACGAUGAAAAUACGCGAAAGGGUAAUUAUGCGGACAGGGGAUAUCCUAAGGUUUGA